CUAAUUAAAUUUUCUGUCAAUAAAUUCCAAAACAGAACUCUUUGCUUUUCUUAAUCACAAACCCAAAUGAGCCACAAAAACGAAGACAUCAUAUCAAGAAAGAAACAACGACGAUGAGCUUCACUGCUUCUCUCGUCUCUUCUUUAACGCCUCCCUCCUCGCUCGUAUCAUCACUCAGCGAUCUUCCUCCUUCCUUCUUCCUCGGAACUUCACUCUGUCAACCAACAAGUCUUACUCGUUCACGGCCACCUCGAUUGUCUGCAUCCUUUGUUCCGGCUGCAAAAGCUGUCUCGCUUGCCACAGCUAAGGACGUUGUUCCCGAAUUGGCUCCGACAUCAGCCUCAGAGGUUGUCUCCAGCUUCUACGCCGCCAUUAACGUCCAUGAUUUAUCCUCUGUCACAGACCUCAUCGCCCAAAACUGCGUCUACGAGGACCUCGUCUUCUCAUCUCCCUUCGUUGGCCGGAAGGCGAUUCUUGAUUUCUUCGGAAAAUUCAUUGAAUCAACAAGUACAGAUCUGCAAUUCGUGAUAGAUGACAUCUCAACAGAGGACUCAUCAGCUGUGGGAGUUUCAUGGCAUUUAGAGUGGAAGGGAAAGAAUUUCCCAUUUAGCAAAGGUUGCAGCUUUUACCGGCUAGAAGUUAUUGAUGGCAAAAGACAGAUUGUAUAUGGAAGGGACUGCGUCGAGCCUGCAAUCAAACCUGGAGAAACAGUUCUGGCUGCUAUAAAGGGAGUUACCUGGCUACUUCAGAAAUUUCCUCAAUUGGCUGACCAAUUCUGAUGUAAUUAUAAAGCUUGUGCUUUGUGACGCGAAUCAGCUCAGAAAUAUAAGUUUCCCUUGUGGUAUAUAGGAAUAACACUGCGGCGGCAAUCCCCACCAUUGUCCAAUUUGUGUUAAUGUAUAUGCUAGUACCAUUCGUAUUCAA